AUGUUCCAAAAUGUCCUAGUUGUCCGUCGGGUACGAAUUGCGUUCUUACCGUGAGGACAUGUAAUCAAUGCCCACAAGCAUUUUGCAAUAGUACAAUAAGUACACCUAGUCCCAAUGAGGAUAAUGGAAACAGUAAAAUAAUACCGGGUGUAAUUUGUGGUAUUCUUGGUUUAAUUGUUUUGGUGGCUGCUGGAUACUUCUUGUACAAACGAAAAUAUCAAAGUAAAGGUAUUAAAUUAGAUAGUAAUGAAGAAGUCAGUUCAAUAUAUGCAGAAAAUGUUAUUCCGAUUGCAUACAUACCACCAACUAUACCUCAAGAUGCUCAUAAUAGAAUGCGCACAUCAGUAGUUAGCGCGGGAACUACACCACUAAGUAGUCCAAUACCUAAAAAUUCAACUUCUGAAACAUUAAUUGAUUUUGUAGAAGAUGAUGAUCCGAUUUCAGAAGUUGAAUCUUCAAAAAGUGCAUCACAGUCAACCUAUAGUGGAUCUAGUAAUCCUAAUACUCCAAAAACUGCCAAAUCUUUCUUAAGUACACCUUCAACAGCGUCUACACCAGGUAGUCCGACUAAAUCUGGAACAGACACUGGAUCGAAUGAUAUACUGCCCACUAUUGAUAUAGAAAGACCGUCAACAGAAUCUUCUCGCCCACAAAUUCAAGAAAUAUCACAACAGCAAAAUCUUAGUUCACCACCACAAGAUCAAAUAGAAGGGCGACAAUCAUUUGGACUAUUCGGUAGUGACGAGGUAUAUAGUAAAGAACCUAAAUCUCCUGAAUUACAGAGAGAAAGUGUGAUGAGUUCAACUAGUACCGAUGCUAGAAGCACUAUGUU